UGUGUGUGUGUGUGAGGGAGAGAGAGAGAGCGAGAGAGAGAGAGAGAGGAAAAGCGAGUGAGGGAGAAAAAAGAAAUCUGUCAAUUUCUGAUGUGGGUCACGUGACCGUGGCCUCCCUUGGAAUGGAUGGAGAUGAAUUUCCACGUCAGCCUACGUCUCAAAAUUUCUGCCUUGCGGACGCGGCUUCAAAGGGAGGGCGAGAGGAGCGCGCGCGCUCGCGAGCCAUGUUGAGGACGCUGGGCACGGCUCUCGCUAGCCCGAGCUAGGAAAACAACACCCCCCUUGCCCCAAAUCCCAAAUAAUGGAUUUCGACGAGAGGGUCCCCGUCAGUUCCAACAUGUAUCUGCCCAGCUGUACGUACUACGUCCCGGGAGCAGACUUCCCCACGCUGCCCUCCUUCCUCUCGCAAAGCCCGUCUUCUCGCCCCGUCCCAUACUCCUACUCGUCCAACCUGCCGCAGGUCCAGCCCGUGAGGGAGGUGACGUUCCGGGACUACGCAGCGUUUGACGCGUCCGGGAAGUGGCCUCACCGGGCGCCGCUGGCUCAGUGCUACCCGGCGGAGGACGUGGUACACCGGGAAUGCUUGCCAGCCUCGACGGGAGUCGGGGAAAUGCUAGCGAAGAACACCUCGGCCGUGUACCACCACCACUCUACGUCGGGCUCAAGCGCGUCGUCGUCGACCUUCUAUGGGAGCAUAGGGAGGAACGGCGUGCUCCCGCAAGCCUUCGACCAGUUCUUCGACACCGCCUACGGAAACCUGGAGAACGCGCCCAGCUACGAGUUCACUACGGCGGACAAGCAGCAGCAGCAGCAGUCCAGCAAGCAGCAGACGGCCGCGCCCGCGCCGGACCACGAUACGGAGGGGAAGGAGCGAGGCGAGACCAGCAGCCCCGAGUCCUCUUCCGGCAACAACGAGGAAAAGAGGAGCGAAGCGAGCAAUGCACCCAGAGUUCGGAAGAAGAGAUGCCCCUACACCAAAUAUCAGAUCCGCGAGCUGGAGAGGGAGUUCUUCUUCAGUGUGUACAUCAACAAAGAGAAAAGGCUCCAGCUCUCCCGAAUGCUCAACCUGACCGACCGUCAAGUCAAAAUCUGGUUUCAGAACAGACGCAUGAAAGAGAAGAAGCUGAACCGGGACCGUUUACAGUACUACACCACGAACCCUUUGCUAUAGGACAGCGGGACAACAUGCACAACUGCUGCAAUAACACGCGCAUUAACAAUGAGGCGAUAACGAUGUUCAGCGGUUAAUUUCAAGUUCGAGGCGGGCAGCGUUCGCUUUGACUUGAUGCAAUGACAGUGAGCAUGAGCCACGUCGACUACGGGUUAUUUAGUGAAUGCAUAUGUUUGCUCGUAAGGUAUUUCUUUAUGCGCAGCCGAAUAAAUACAUGAAUAAGUAAAUAAAUGUUUGAAAAGCUCGGAACGCACAGCCGCCUCGAACAUAGCAAUUGUGUUGGAACCCAAUACAGAGUUUGUGGUCUAAUUUAAUUUCCUGUUUUUCUGAUUAAAAUUUUCUUGCUUGAAAAAUUGAAAAAUUGAAAGUCAUUGAUAGACAGUGUUACAUCAAUCUGGAAUCACGCGUGGAAUUACAUGAUAGUCCUUGAGGCUGAAGACUUUGUGUGACCAAGUAGGAAGCCACACGAGAAACGUGAUCUUGACUUCUCUGGGCUUGCAAUGCUAUUUAUUGAUUACUCCACUAUUGUGGUGACGUUUCGACUUCCAUAUGCAUAAUU